AUGUGGAUUCUCUCUCGCCUGUCUCUAGCGUUCUCUUCCUCUAUCACCAUCCCUUUCUCUCUCUCUCUCUCUCUCACUCUUUUUCUCUCACUAUCCAUUUCUCUCAUACUCCUUCUCUCUUUCUCUUUCUCCCCAUCUUUCGCCACCCCCCUUUCUCACCUUCCUUCUCUCUCUUUCUCAUCAUCCCUCUCUCUCAGCCUAAUUCUCUUUCUUUCUUUUUCUCCUUCUCUCACCAUCCCUCUCUCUCACCUUCCUUCUCUCUUUUUCUUUCUCUCCAUCUCUUACCGUCCCUCUCUCCUCCUCCUCUUUCUUCUUCUCUCACCAUCUCUAUCACUCUCCCUCUCGCUAUCUCUCUUUCUCUGCUACACUUCCUUUCUCUCACGCUCAUUCUUUCUUUCUCUCUUAUCAUCUCUUUUUUCAACUUCAUUCUCUCACCCUCCCUCUUUCUCGCCCUUAUUCUCUCUUUCUUUCUCUACCUCUCUCACCAUCCCUUUCUCACCCCCUUCUCUCUUCUUCCCCUCUCUCAGUAUCCUUCUCUCUUACCCUCCUGCACUCUCACCAUCCCUCUUUCUUACUUUCGUUUUCUCUCUCCUUCUCUCACUAUCCCUCUCUCUCACGCUCCUUCUGUCUAUCUCUAUUUCUUUAUCAUCACCCCUCUCUCUCAUCCUUUUUUUUUCUCUCUCUCUCUCUCUCAGCAUCCCUCUCUCUCAUCCUCUUCUCUCUUUCUCUCCCUAUCUCACCAUCACUUUCUCUCACCCUCCUUCACUCUCUCUUCUCUCACAAUCUUUCUCGUAUCCUCCUACUCUAUCUCUUUCUCACUCUCUUACCAUCGCUUUCUCUCAUCCUCCCUCUCUCCUUCUCUCAGCAUCUUUUUGUCACUCUCCUUCUCCCUAUCUCUAUCUCAUUCUCUCCAUCUCUGACCAUCACUCUCUUAUCCUCCUUCUCUCAACAUCCCUCGCUCCCACCGUCAUUCUAUCUCUAUCUCUAUCUCUUUCUCUCACUCUCCUACCAUUCUUUUUAUUACGCUCCUUCUCGCUCUCUCUUUCUCCCUUUUUCAUCAUCCCCCUUUUUCAUCUUCCUUCUCUCUCUCUCACCCUCCUCCUCUCUCUUCUCUCCCUCUCACCAUCCCUCUCUCUCAUCCUCCUCUAUAUUUUUAUCUUUAUCUCUCUCUCUCUCUCUCUCUCUCUCUCAUCCAUUGCGAUUUUUUUUUUCAGAAAAUAA